UAUACACAAUAUCUUAUUAUCCAUCCACUCUGUGCUUGUGGCAUUUUUGUUUUUUUUUAUUUAUGAAAAACUAUCAGUGAUAUUUCAAAGUAUAUGACACCCUACACGGGGUGAUGUACAUGAACUCUAACGACCAAUGGCUGGGAAGUCUUACAGGCCAAUUCUUGAUGGCCACCAUCAGCUGUUUAUACUCAUCAUCACCUUAGCGAUGGUUUUACUCACUGUGAUCUAUGUAAUAACCACCACAAGCAGAAAAACUUUAUCACCUCCUGCUGCGUACAUGUACCACAGGACAUGGGGGAAAACAGCCGUGAAGACGAGCGCUAUCUUGACAAGCGGCUUACCAAGUAACCGGAUCAACAUUACGGUGGCAAAUAUAUCUUCCUUCAGGAAAAGAGAACAAAAUCGUCUGCUAGAAAUGGCGCGGCGGAAUCACUGCAAACCCCGAACUCAUGUGGUUGUGCGGAAGGUCCACAAAUGUGGUUCCACUACGGUCUCUAAUAUAUUCGUGAGGUUUGCAUUUCUUAAUAACUUGACCGUGGCCGGAAAAAGGGACGUCUUCGGACCUAGCCUUGAUAAACCAAAAUUUGAUAUGAUUCUUCAUCAUGUGAAGUACAGUGACAGCCAUUUUCUUGCAGUAAUGCACGAAGACACGUAUUUCAUCGGGCUUCUUAGAGAACCCAUUUCCCAAUUUCGAUCUGCAUUUUCAUACUACAAGAAAAGGACAGACCCAGUCUUAACGUACAAGACUGGUAAUCACAUGUUGGAAUAUGUCCAGGAUUAUCCUAAAUUUAUCAAUGAAUGGAAAAGAAAGGUCGGAAGUUCAAUGCUACCCGGUCUACGCAGAAACAACAUGGCGCAGUUUUUAGGUGGUUUCCGGGAAAGUGAUUCGGACAAUGAGAGAGAAAUAAUAAAAUACAUAGAUUUUUUAGACAGACGAUAUGAUUUCGUAAUUUUAAUAGAACAUCUCGACGAAUGCCUUGUUUUCUUAAAACGUGCACUUUGCUGGGAUCUGAAAGAUAUCCUAUAUACCAAUCGUAUGGUUUAUCGCCCUAUAGACCCUACAGAAACCAAUGACAAGCAGUUGGAGAAGUUAUUGUCAAAUUUUACCAACGUUAAUCGCCGCCUAUAUUCUCACUUUUCUGACAGACUUUCAAAAAUAAUCAACGACCAGGGAGUGGAUUUUCAAGAGGAAGUCCAAUAUUUCAAAAGAAUUAACCCAAAAGUAACGAACUACUGUAAUAAGAGUUUACAGUACAAUUUGCCUCCUCUAGUAGUAAAGCAGUCAAAAUGGUCAAAUGGAUUCUCAGUAGACUACCUCUUUUGCUGGUUCCUGAAUUUUGCAAUUGCUCAAACGAAACUUCUUUUUCCUGGAUGGGAAACGCAGUGAAGGCGAAAAUAUUCCCAGGUGUAUUGUAGAAGUACUGAAAAUUGAAAGUGACUGGCCAUUAUGCAAUAGUAUUUGAAGUAGUUACACAUUGUAGUGUCGGAUACAAUUAUAAAAGCGUGCUAAAAGCAUUCAC